CAUGCGUAUCGUAGUUUCCUCUCCACACGACCUCAUGCUCGAAUCACUUUUCUUCUCGGCGCCUUCGAAGGCGUUUGUUACUCGCUAUUUUUCAGCAUGGCUGAAGUGUUUGUUAAAAAUAAUAAUAAUCGUUCUCCGUUUGUGGAUAACGAGGAAGAAGAUAUGGGACACAGUGACGUGAGUAAUAACACAGUGUCUGGCAAGCAGAAAAAAAGACGUUCCAAAGUAGACUUAUUAGAGGAACGUUUUGACGAGAAAUACGGUAAACUUGAAAAUACUUUACACAAUAUUGUUGCAUUGUUGCAAUGCCAGUCACAAAGACAUGGUAAUUCAACGCAGGGGAAUGGCAAAAGCCCCAAUUAUGACCAGGGGAGUGAUAAAAGCCCCAAUUUUGAAGAGAGGACUGGUCAAAGUUCCACAAGUAAUCGUCAAGAUGACGUACUUUCCAUUCAUCCUGCUUCCUCUGAACAUUUUUCGUUGUCUGAUUCAGAAGAAGAAGACACAGAGCACAGUGCUAGUGUACGCAGGUGUUUGAAAGACAUUUUUGGAGAAGAUGCAUGUUUGAAAAAAGAUGCACAAAAGCCAACUGGCAUUUGCUUAGAAAAUUCGCAGAAAGAAAUUUUGGAACAAAGCUAUCGGUCUAAAACACCAAAUAAUGUAACAGCAUUUUCUGAAGAGUGCAAAGAUUUAUUUCCAGUUGAUGAAGACACUGAACAUUUUUUACGUGUACCUACAUUGGACGAUAUUGUAGACACGUGUCUAACAAAGAAGUUUGGUUCUAGAGCUUCAUUCGCUAAACAUGGAACUUUUCUGUUCUCACAACCAAACAAAAUGGUGGAGAAGACCGCAUACAGAGGACAGCAAAGUGUCUACAUGGGUAUUGUUACACAGAUGUACAUGCAGCAAGCUCUUGCAAUGUUAAUGGACAUGGUUACAGAUAAACCAGACAUUGAGAAAAAAGUGAAGGACAUUUUUGCUUUAUCCACACGAAGUCUAGAUCAAUUUGGUAGAGCAGGAGCAUUUUUUCAUAUCAUUCGUAGACAAGUCACAAUGAGCGAGACUUCUUUAUAUGAACUUGAUGAUUCAAGGACAAUCAGUAACCUACCCUUGAGAGGGGACGGGGUGUUUGGUGAAGAAUUGGAAAAGACUCUCAAACAAAAGAAAGACAAAAGAAAAACACUUGAAGAGUUAUUGCCAGAAAAAUUGCAAAAGAAGGAAACAUAUAAGAGGAAAGCCAGUGAACAGACAGAACAGCAAACAUCUGUCAAAAGACAAUAUGUAAAGACAAAUACAAGAAUGGGUGUUCAGCCAAAUGAAUACAAUAGAGCGCCACCUACAUUUCGCAUUCCAAAAUACAAUGCGGAACCACGAAGUACUUUUCGAACAGAGCACAGAGCUGGUGGCUCGAGAGGUCGGGGCAACUAUGCAGCCAAUAACAGACCAAGGGCUACAGUUGCCAAGAUGCCCUCAAGCAACCACCGUUUGAGCCAAUAAAGACAGCCAGUUUAAAGUAUGUAACUUACAAGACAGUUUUUCUCAUAGCAAUUACAACUUUUCGCAGAUGUGGGGAUUUACAAUCUUUGACAUUGGGAGAAAAUUCUGUGAAUGUACAAGCAAAAGGUGUAACUUUCAUAAGGCAUGGUUUAUCGAAACAGGACAGAGGUUCACAUCAGAGCAAUACUAUUUUUAUUCCUGCUUUUCCAAAGAACAAGUUGUUGGAUCCAAAACGAGCAUUGACUUAUUAUCUGAAAUCAACAGAAAAAUUUAGGAAUUCAAAAGAGAAGGACUCUUUGAAAUUAUUUUUAACUGUAAAUAAACCGCAUAGAGCGGCUUCAAGUCAGACAAUUUCGUCAUGGAUUGUUAAGACUAUUCAAAAGUCAUACAAAAUGAAAAAAGUGUAUGUAUCUAAAGUUAAAGGUCAUUCAACUAGGUCAAUCGGACCAUCAUGGGCUCUUUUUAAGGGAGCUCCAUUGAAAGAUGUUUUAGACAGUGCAGAUUGGAGUAGAUCAUCUACUUUUGUGAAGUUCUAUUUUAAAGAUGUAUCAUUUGAUUUUCUUAAAGAAUAAUGUUUUUCUCCCCGGCGAGUUAUUUUCCGGAAAGUGAACUGUUUUUAAGUCAACAGUAUGGAACAUAUCAUAUAUAUGACGGCCACAAGUAGUGGUUUAUCCAUCAUAUAUUUUUUUAAAAUAUAUUGUUUAAAUAUGUGGGAAAGUGAAUAAGAAUACAUGAUUUGUGCUGUGUACAGUUAUUAUUGUGUAUAUAAGAGGGACUGUUGUAGCAGUUUUUAUGAAAUAGAAGAUAUAGAAAACUCUGGAAUGAGAAGAUCUACUAUAAUUGUUGGAGUGGUCAGAAAGUACCUGAACCCGCCUCCAAAGAGGGACUGCUUUGGGAAGGAAUCCUAAAGUACAUAUGUCAGACUACUUUCUGAGGCCUUCGAAGGCGCCAAGGAAAGUGAUUCGAGCAUGAGGUCGUGUGGAGAGGAAACUACGAUACGCAUGCGCGAAAGUUGUUUAUUUCCGGUAGUCGUCUAUUAUGCGGCGCCUACCGUAUAGCGAGUUAUUUUCGGGCCGAGAUAGAAUCCUAAAGUACAUAUGUCAGGUAAGUAUAAUUUACUCAUAAAAUUAUAAUUUGAGUACAAAUUUGGAAAUUUGUUAUUAAUGCAAAAUCCUUGUAAGAACAAGUUUGUAAAAUUAACAUUUGAAGGAUGCAAGCGAAUUUUGGCCAAGCCAGUUACAAACAAAGAACCAUUAACUGUGGAUAUGUUAAAUAAAAUCAUUGACUUUCACUGUAAGGAAGGUCAGGAAUUAAGUUUGAAAAAUAUGAGAUAAUGUUUGGUGUGUAUUCUUGGGUUUUCGUUGUGUUUUUUUUUCAGAUUUGAUGAGUUGUCGAGUUUAAAAGUGAACCUUUUUUUUCAUGAUUCUCAUGUUUCUAUUUUUUAUAGACCAUAGCAAAUGUGAUCAAUUAAAAUCUUGUAAUAGUGUUAUUGUGUCAAAAACAAAUAACAGACUUUGUCCGGUAUCUUGGUUAAAUAGAUACGUUGCCGCUGCGGGUCUCACAUUGAAUUCAAACUAAUAUCUUUUUACAAAAGUUAGAUUUUUGAAAAAUAAAGGAAAUAAUGUUUUGUGCGACACAGAUUCUCUUUCACCAUAUACCAGGACAAAGGAGAUCUUUUUUAUAAGCAAUUCAAGAGCAUAAGGGAGCCUCCGCUGCUGCUAAUAGCGGAAAAAUCACAGAUGAUGAAUUGUUAGCCAAGCACGGUCGUUGGAAAUCUGAAGCAUCGUUUGAUCGAUAUGUUCAUUUCAGUGUAGAAAAUAAAUGCUGUUGGAUUGGUGUGUUUAUGACAUUGUUUUUUUUCUAGUCGACUAGUAUUGUUGAGGCCCAACACUCGGCAACAUGACAGUUGACAAACGGGCACAGGUUUCCAGAGCCUUUUCCCAAGACAUUGGAAAAGGGCUUUUGUCCCCUACCGGUGAAACCGGAGGGGACUUAUGGUUUGCACUCCGUCUGUCAGUCUGUCUAUCAGUCAGUCACACUUUUCUGGAUCAUGAGAUAACUUUAAAAGUUCUUAAUAUUUUUUCAUGAAACUUGAAACAUGGAUAGAUGGCAAUAUGGAGAUUAUGCACGUCAUUUCAUUUUGUUCCUGCGUCAAAAAUUCUGGUUGCUAUGGCAACAAAUAUAUAAUAAAAAAAAUUUACUGACAAGGGUGGAGUUUCACCGGUAGGGGACCAUAUUGCUUGGCAAUCUCUUGUUAUCUCUGGUUUUUCCUGGGCGAGUCAUGUUGCAUUUUAUACACAUCCUAGUUUAAUAAAUAAUGUGAAUUUUGGAGUUUUCUGUCAAGUUUAUGCUUUGUUUGUGUGACAAUAAUAUGUUUUACCUGUUUCACAUAGUUAAGAAUGAUUUUUUUUUUGUUCCUGGGUUUUGAAUUGGCAAGAAAUAUGAUCUGUUAAUGCACUUGUCUACUUAGAUAAAUCCUGUUGGUAAAACGGCUACAAUAAAAGCGGAUCGCCUUCUA